AUGGAAACAACCUCUCCACGAGCUUCAUCAGAGUUAGAACAGGCUAGACCACAAACCAGUGGAGAAGAGGAACUUCAGCUGCAGUUGGCUUUAGCCAUGAGUAGAGAAGCAGCGGAACAGGAGGAUCGUCUUCGCCGUGGUGAUGAUCUUCGACUUCAGAUGGCCUUGGAGGAGAGCCGCAGAAAUUCAGCUGUAGUAGUGGGUAGCACGGCUCCAAAGAAGAAAAAGGCAUCCACAGUUACCCUCAUGGAUCCCUUGCCAACCACAGCAACACAAAAAGCUAUUGUAUGGGGAGUAUCUGUUCGACCUGUUUCUCUAGAAAAAAAUGACCCAUGGGGAGAAGCAAGCAGUCCAGGAGCAUCAGAUCCAUGGCAAUCUAUUGAUAGCAAAUCCACUGCUGCUGUUGAUCCUUGGGGUGCUCCUACGUUAUCUGCCACCCAGUCACUUCCUAAAAGUGUUGACCCAUGGACUUCUUCAGAUACUACCUCUGCUGUUCUGAGGUCUUCAGCUGAUCCAUGGGCACCAGGUCCUUCAACAGAUUCUGUUUUGGGUGGUGCAACUUUUGACCCAUUCAGCACGUUAAAUGGUGCAGUAAAGGACGACUUUGCUGAUUUUGAAGACCUUCGAGCUUCAUCAAAAAAAACAGGUGAGCCUGACAUGUUGGGAGGAAAUUCUAAACCCAGUGGUUCAAUUAGUCCAGAUUUAUUUGAUUCUGCACUUCCUAGUUCAGCGCCAUCAAAGCAAGCAACUGCUCGAAAGACACCAGAGUCCUUUUUGGGCCCUAAUGCAGCUUUGGUGAAUCUGGAUUCCCUGGUAUCCAAGCCUGCGCAACCUUCCAGUAUAUCAAAUCCUUUCCUGGCUUCAGGUUUAGCUCCAGUCCAGGUCACUCAGAUUAAUCCCUUUCAAAUUAACCAGCCACAGCCUCCUACGCUGAACCAAAUGCGAGCAAGUCCUUUGAUGGCCUCAGGACAGUCUACGUUUGGCACCUUACCCACAGUCAGUAUGGAGCCGAUGCCACACACCUCUAUGUCAGCACCAGUGGCAAUGGGAAUGGUUCCCGUACCCGUUGGUCGAACGGGUGCAGGAAUGAACAUUACUGGAACAAUGCCCCAGCCACUUAUAUCAACAGGCAUCCCGCCACCUACAUCCCAGACCUCUACGACUAAUCCUUUCCUAUUAUAAAAUAAAACAGACAAAAUAUCUUCAUUACAGAGAAAAACCUUAGAUAGGAGUGUGGCUAGCUAAGUUAAAUGUUAAUUGCAUAUUAGACUGCAAAUAUGGCUGUGGUGAGGAAACCUUCACAGUAAGUUUGGGUUUUGCUGUGCUGGUUUUCAUGAAGCGUAUAUCUACAGUGGUUACUUUUCACUAUUUUCUAAAGAAGCUAUUUGCUGCCAAUGGAGGUAUGAUAUGGUGACUGAACAUGUAGUUGAACAGUAGUGUUGUGAAUUUAAUAUUCACAUCUAAUGAAUCCUCCAAUCCUUAAGUGCAUAUUAUAGUUUGUCCAAAGGUAACAUAGUGUUUUGUGUGGUAUAAUCACUGUUUUGCAUAUUUCACAAAUCACCCUGACUAUUGACCUGUUUCAAAGAAUAUUAUAAAGGCCACAAUGACUGUUUGCUUCCUAAUCAUAAAAGCAAAUAUGGAAUUAACCAAAAUCAGAAUAUCGACAACCCUAUGAGACCCUGAUUUCCUAGCUGAUGGAUUGAAAAUAAUUUUACAAACCUGUUCAUAGCAGUAAGGAGUUUUUAAUCGUGCUAUCUUCUGAAUAGGCUGUUACAAAAUUGCUUUAGAAUUUGGACUCUUGCAUGCACCUUUUUAAUUGUUAUUUGAAGUAACAUCCUUGGCAGUAGAUACUAUUUAAGCAGAAGGUAUCAGUUAUUGUUCAUUUAGUACUGAUAGGAUUGAAAUUCCUUGUAAAAUUGUGAUUAUUAAAAAAUCAUUACAAUGAUGAUGAACAAACCAUUUACACAGGUUUCAAUAAUUUGGUGGAGAUUUUUUUAAGUGGGAGAAAGCUGCAUGCAUCAGUCUGUUUCUGUUGUUGAAAUCUAAGAUUUGCUAAUGAUGACUGGCUAUUCUCUAGAAUAUUUAAAAACACUUGUCUACAUGAAAGGUUGUAGUGUUCACCAUUGUUAGUGAAACUGAGUAGAGAUUAGUAAAAUAGAAUUUUAAAAAAAACCGUACAUCAGUGUAAUAUUGAAAUCUAGGUGCUUAUUUUGUUUUUUCUUUUAGAUUUUACUAAGUAAGGCAACCAUUAAGCUAAUUCAGACUCAACAUUGGUAUAUGCAGUUAAUCCUGUACAUUUUGCACAGCUUUUUUAAAUAGAUGAGUCUUCAUGUAAAGGUUAAAUAGCCACGUUUUAGAGUCUGUAAUUUGCAACCACGUUGUAGUUUACAAGUUUUAUGCUAUUUUUAA